ACCAACAGCGAGAAGGAACGACGGCCGCGUUCAAAAUGUGGUACUUUCACAGACUAUUUCUCUGUUUUGACUUGGUUAAAUAUAUUAAUUGACUGCUUCACUGUUAGCUAGCUUGAAACUACAACGCCAAAAUUAUCUCAGAGACUGCAAAAGUCAUUGUAAUUACGAGCUAGUUUAAGAUAGUUUUUGCGGAAAGGAAACAAAACACAACCACCGGCGAUGAUUCGUCUUACCUGGACCUCGGAAGGCGGGAGAGCCAAACGAGGGAAUUAUUUCCGGUUCAUUUAGUAAGGUCACCUGGUUACAAAACAACUAGCUUACCGGGCUAUUAAGUGUGUCACGAGGUGUGCCCUUCCCCCACCGAGAAAUGGCGUCGACGCAAAGAUGACAGCGAAUGAAGACGGUUAAAAAAUGGACGAGCUGAGGCCUUCACUUCCUGUCAAACUUGUCGUCAGCCUCGACAGAGAAACCAGAGGAAGUCUCUCGCCCCGCGCCUCCCCAACCCAGAGAGUUGAUCUAGAUGCUGGCACGGAAGUUAUGUGUUUCAGAGCGCAGGUGGCUCCGUGGCGAGCCACGUUCUUCUUCCCGCGUCCAUGCUGUAACAAAGUGUUGAGUUGCACAAGUGGAUGUCAGGAAUGGGGACCAUCCCAAACGACAUCAGGAGACUCCUGGAUGACUGCGAGCUGUUUGUGUCGGAUAUCCUCCAGGAUGAGCGGCUGAGUGAAAACGCAAAAGAGACCCGGAAAGUCUUGCUGAAUAAUUUCAGGGUGGUGCACGCGAGGAACCCUCAGGAAUUCCCCUUCCGGUUGUCAGCUGACUCCAGGGAGGACGACGGUUCCGACGACAACCGCAGCUCCAGUUUGGGCCGCUCUGCCCCGUCGGACGACGCCUCGCUUGCUUCCGACUACCAGGACGACGGCGCGCCCGAGUUCUUUGAGGACAUCCCACCCACGGCAGCACAAGACCUCGGCAACAUCUUGAAGCAAGGCUACUUGGAAAAGAGACGGAGAGAUCACAGCUUCUUUGGCCCGGAGUGGCAGAAGAGGUGGUGCGUCCUCAACAAUUCCAUAUUCUUCUACUUUGGGAGUGAAAAAGAUAAGCAACAGAAAGGCUCGUUUUACAUCAACGACUACAGCGUUCAGCUCGUCGCCAACGUGAGGAAGGACUCCAAAAGGAACGCCUGUUUCGAGCUCUUUGCUCCCGGGCGGAGGACGUUUCAGUUCACGGCCAGCAGUCCUCAGGAGGCACGGGAGUGGGUGAACCACAUCAGCUUUGUUUUGCGAGAUCUCAGCUCCAGCACCAUUCCUUUCGACGAGGACGAGGAGGAUGAGAGCGACGACGAAGAGGGGGCCUACGACGACAUCGAAGGGGCAGGCGGCUCGGCCCCGCCUCUGACGAAAGGCGACGAGGACGAUGACAGCGACAUCUACGAGGUUCUGCCAGAUGAGGACUUCCCAGAUCCAGCCGACGAGGGCACGGAAACGGCCAACAGAACAGAUUUUGCCAACUACUACCAGGCUGUGUGGGACUGCCGGGCCGACCAGCCGGACGAGCUGUCCUUCGUCAGAGGUGACCUCAUCUUCGUCCUCAGUAAGGAGUACAACAUCCACGGCUGGUGGGUCGGUGAGCUGAACGGCACGGUGGGGAUUGUCCCCAAGGACUUCCUGCACCCCGCCUACAUCCUGUGAGCCGCGGCAGCAGUCUCGUCCGCGGCGUGGGCCGGCAGCGAGGACGCCAUUUCCUGCCCCGAGUGUCUCCUGCUGCCUAAUUCGGGAACAUCGCUGCUCUCCAGCACCUUGAAGUCGUUGUUCUCGCUCGAGUCCCUCAGCUCGUCUUCGUCGGCGCAUCCGUUCACGUGAAGUUCCAACGUGGUGCCGCCAGACACCGGGGACCAGGGGUGGGGGUCCUCGGGGGAGCACAUCUUCACAAAGCCGUUUGGCGGCGGGAUCAGAUCGGCGGUGGCGUCGUCAUCGACGUGUUCCUCGUCGCUGAUGUCUUCCUCAUCGCUGACCUUGACGAUGCUCUCGUUGGAGGACGACAGCAAACUGCUGUCCUCCUCCUCGCUUCGCACUUCCUGUCUGUGCUCGUCUUCAUGGCGUUCCUCCUUCGCCGGGUCGUACAAUUUCACGUUGUCACAAGCAGAAACGACGUCCACUCGUUCCUCCUCCGAGUCCCGAGGAGCUGUACUGUGAACCUCCUCAGAUGAUUGCCGCUCCAUCCGUCCCUCACUGGCUGUAGGCUCCUCCUCCAAGAUGGCGCCAUCCUCUGCAGGCGAGUGCACCUCCACGGGAGUCUCCAUGGGACCGCUCCUCAGCGGCGUGUCCUCGGUCGUGUGGAUGUCAAGACCGCCCCCAAGGUAGAAGGUCGCUUCUGCCGGCUCACCAUCUUCA